GAAGAAAUUAGAAAAAAAGAAAUAAAAUAAAAUAAAAUAAAAAAAAAAUAAAAGAGAGAGAAAAAGAAAAAGCGUCACAGUAUUAUCGAAGAUAAGAGUGAACGGAAUCGAGAAAAAUAUUGAGAAAAUCAACCAACGGAGACCCGGCUUCCCGUUUCUGGUGGUGCUUCUUUUCUUUUCUUUUUCCAUUUCCUUUUCCCUUUUUUCUUUUUUUUUUUUUUGUGUCCCUUGCUCCUUUCUUUUCUGACGGGGUGAUUGGUCGGUUUGGUUGGUUAGUUAGUUUAUCUGGUGCCGAAAAAAUCCUACUACACCUACUUCCUAGGUUUUUUUGUCAAUGACGUACCAGUGCUUGGAGAAGAAGAACACCGGUGGUCGUUGUCGGGAAUUCGAUGCUCUCGCAUGUCGUCGUCCGGCAAAGUGAAAUACAGAUUCGUCGUUUACUUCAUUUUUACUGGCUUAGAGCUGACUAGCAUCGACGAAAGCGUGGACGUCGUCACACCGGAGAUGAAAAUUGAAACGUCCCAGGAUUUGACAUAAAGGAUAGGAUUUCCUUAGAAGGGGAAUGUUGUUUAUUGAAAAUAUGGGAAAUCUUCUGCCGUAGUGGCAGGUGUGAUGUUGGUCACGCAGACUCCCUCCUCGAUGGACAAUCCACCGAAUAUGUUAUCGGUGCUCGAGGGGGAGGCGCAAAACGACGUGGAUGACAUAUUCCCACCGCAUGUCGAUACGACAAACAUCGUAAUACAACCAGAAUCGCCAACAAGUAAGAAGCAACCAUUGAAGACUUUCAAAGAGGUCAAUGCACUUUUACAAACAGGCAGGAAGAGGGAAGUAAAGUUAAUAAUUAGGGAGAAUGCUUGGCCUUUAAACAAUGGUAUUAGGGCACAACUUUGGCCGGCUCUUUGCAAUCAGUAUGCGCAUGGAAAGAAUAUGCUUGAUGGAUUUUAUUGGGACAUGGUGAAUCAAGUCUUUGGAACUACAGAGUUACCUGAAAAAUCAAUCAUGUUGCCGCCAUUCGUCGAUAGCACGCAUUGUCUAUCGUAUAAUUUAACGAGGAAAGGUAGAAGCGUUGCUGAUAGAGUUGUUUCUGUUCUUGGAUACGCUUGUCCUGAUAUUACUUAUAGUCCAUCGUUGUAUCCUAUUACUGCCCUUCUAUUACACUUUAUGCCAGAAGAAGAAUGUUAUCACUGUAUGGCCAGUUUAGUAGCUGUAAAAGAAAAAAUGUUUAUUACACAAACGAAACUUCUCUAUGAAGUUACAUGGAAAACUGUAGAGCAAAUAACUAAGAAACAUGUGAAAUCAGCAGCAGUACAUUUAACAAGGCAUUGUUCUGUCUCAAGAGCAGAAAGGAUUUAUAUGGAUUGGAUAUGGUGGAUCCUUCAACUUCUUCCAUUUCAACAUCUUGUUAGAGUAAUAGAUUGCUUUUUACACGAGGGCAUUAAGGUUUUUUAUCGAGUAGCUAUGGCAAUUGUUUUGCUAUUCUACAAAUAUUCGUCGUCACAAAAUUCAGAAUGGAUGGUUGAAAUAACUAAAAAUGGCGUGGAUGCUGCACUAUCAAAGUUUUGCAGACAGAUACCUGUAACACCGGCAAAAUUUUUACGAACUGCAUUUGGAAUUCGUGGACUUAGUUCGGCAUACAUAUCACGAGUAUUUCUGCGUACAGAAAUGGCUUUGAAAAGUAAAAGCUUAAUAACUGGGUCCAAAUCAUUAACAAGAUCUCGAUCAACGGAUAAUCUACCCACAAGUCAAUCUCAAGUCAACAUCCAAAUGAUGUCACAUACAUUGACAAUAAGAGAAAAAGAGUGCGAAGACACGUACAAAGACAGGGGUGCUCACAGUCCUGGACCCAGAGCUCUCUCAAUGGGUGUUUAUCCCAUACAAAACAUAUGCUCCCAGAUUCUUGACAUGCCUGAUUUAUUCACCUUGUGGUCAUGGCUACCCAUGAGAAUAACUAUGUACCAACCAAUUUUGCUGUACACUACAGAAGAACACGGAUGUUCUUUGACAACAUUUUAUGUACGCGUUGAACAACACGAACCAACUCUUUUAAUGAUAAAGACAUGUAACAACGAGGUUUUUGGAGCAUAUUGCUCUACAAGAUGGUGCGAACGUAAUUUAAAGGAUGAUAAAGGUCAAAGACAGGCGUAUUUUGGUACAGGAGAAACAUUCCUGUUUAGUUUGUAUCCAGAAAGAGCCAAAUAUCCAUGGGUAGGUAUGGAUUCUUCACACAAUGAUUCUAGAGUACAUCAUUCGGCUGAAUUAUUUAUGGCGGCUGAUUCAAAAAUGAUAACAAUUGGUGGAGGAGACGGCCAAGCAAUUUGGAUGGAUGAAAAUAUAAGAUACGGCAAAACCGAUCGGUGCUCAACAUUUAAUAAUCCACCAUUGUGUGCUAGCGGUGAUUUUGAAAUCAGGGUACUCGAGGUAUAUGGCUUUGCCGGUGCUUGAAAACAAAAGGAGCAGGGGGAAAGAAACAACAACAAUAAUAACAUCAACAACAACACAA